AUGUCGGGAGCAUCCAAAGGAGCCGGAGGAGCUGGAGGCGGCGGAAGUGGCGGCUGUGGAGGAGGACGUGGCGGCGGUGGUGAAUGCAGCAGCGGCGGAGGUGCCGUUAGUCAGUACAUGAUGCCAGGAGCCAGUGGUGGCGGUGGCGGAGGAGGAGCUCGAAGUGUCUACUUCACGUCAGGAGGAUACAGUGGUGGCGGCGGUGGAGGCGGGGGCGGUGGUGGUGGCGACCAGUAUCAGAUUUUACAAGGACUGCAAUUUGCCCUGUACAUGGUGAUACAACGAAGGCAAUCCGUCCAGUUUCUGACGAGACAAGAACUGCAAUUAGACCACGCGUCGAGCGGUGGUGGCGGAGGUGGCGAUUACAACGGCGGCGGUGGUGGCGGCGGUGGUGGAGGAGCACAAAGCGUUUACUUCGGCGUCGGUGGCUACUCCGCUGGAGGAGGCGGAUCUUCUGAAGGAGGUGGCGGAGGUUACAGUGGCGAGGGCGGCGGUUACAGUAGCGGUGGCGGCGGUGAUGGUGGAGGUGGAGCAGCUACCCUCGAUAUCAUCCCAUAUGCAUGA